AUGCCAUUAUUAGAGUUGAAAUUAGAAGAUGUUGCAAAUAUAUGCAAUACUUUAUUUCCUAAUCAAGGAAAAGAAAUGACACAUUACGGCAAUCAGUUACAUAAAGAAAGCGAUGAUGUAAAGAAUUUUGUUCUGGAUCCUAAAUUUUCUCAAAUCGUUUUGAACCUUCAUCAGUCGAAUCAAUUACAUGAAUUGCUUAUAUUACAAAAACCAUUUAUUGGUAUUCAAAAACGUGUAUCUGAAUCAGUCGAAAUAUCCACAAUGGAAACCAUAUAUCUUACCAGAAUGAUCUCGAGCGAUACACUUAAAAUAUUAAAGUCUAGCAGUGGUAAAUUUAUUAGUAUUGGGAUGUUUAUUCUUGCUACCAAGUCUCUUUGCGUAGCACGUACUAUUGCAAGAAAGCUGGCAGACAAUGGUCUCAUAUCUAUUUUAUUCCAGAUCGAAGUUGUCGAAGGCACCCGCCUAUAUGAGAUUGAUCUCUAUCGCGUCAUAUUUAGUCUUGGUGCAAUAUUUCGUUUGGAAUCAAUCGACCUGGCGCCCGAUGGUGUUUGGUAUGUCAAAAUAAAAUCUGCUGAUUCGGGAUUUCGAAUGAUAAAACAACAACUUCAGUUUGAGACUGACGUUCUAUUAUCGUGGCUUACUUACGGGAACUAUUUAUAUUUUCUCAAGCAAUCUCGACGAGCUAAAGCUUACUUCGACUAUUUACUUCACAACCUUCCACUAGAACACAUAGAUCGGCUCUCCAUCUAUAAUAAUAUGGCAUUGAUAUACACUAUGGAAAACGAGGAAGCCGGAAAAACAGAAGCAGAAAGGCUAUAUGAUGAUGCUUUGAAAUGUGCGACGCCGAUAGAUUCUAACUCAAAAAUUAAUGAAUGUAUAGAUCAAACUUGCAGUACAAUCCUGACAGCAGCUGCUCCAUUAUCAGAAACUGAUAUUGAUCGCUCGAUUGUACUAGGCAGUAUGGCCGACGUGUAUUACCAAACAGGUGAUUACAAAUCAGCUCUCGAGCACUAUAAACAAGCACUACAAUUAUCUGCUGACUCACAAUGCCGUUCUUACUAUCAACAGAUGAUUAUAACUAUAUAUGAAUGUAUUAAAAAAAAAUGA